AUGUCCGACCAAGUUUCCCAGAUUGCCGAUAUCCCAAAGGACUUCCUAAGGGAGGGCACCCAGUUCGUCAACAGAUGCACCAAGCCGGACAGGAAAGAAUUUCUCAAGAUCUCCCAGGCUGUCGCGAUAGGUUUUAUCUGUAUGGGUGCCAUUGGCUUCGUUGUCAAGCUGAUUCACAUUCCUAUCAACAAUAUUCUGGUCGGCGCGGCGUAA